UGAAAAUGUUUAAGCAGCCGUAUUUGUUCAAGAAAGUUGGUUCACAGCCGCAGAAUCUCCUAUUCUUCCAUAACAAAGGCAUUCACAAGCCUUUCAUAUCUUAUGCCAUAUGAACUCUCAAACAAUAGCUUGACAUAUAUUUAACAAGGAGGACGAGACAAACAUAAGUUUAACCUCUUCACAUUCUAAUCUGUAGCUUUGUUCUAAAAUGGAUGAUGCCACUGUGUCAAAGGCUCCUCCACUGCCUAAACCUCGUAAAUUCAAACAGUCAGACCUUCAGCAGACACCCAGUAUUCCUCCCAUCCCAAAACCAAGGCUUAUAAAAACUGAACCUAUAUUUGAUGAAAAGAAACCCAUUCCUACUCAACAUGAAUUUGACGCAGGAAAACCUUACAUAGCCAAAGAUUUUAAAGAAAUGAAUGGUAUUCCAGUGCCACCUAAAUGUGAGAAGUUUGUUCAGCAAGAAAAAUGUCACUGCACUCCUGACACAACACAAAGAAUUAACAGUAUUCCCUCAGACAAUUCUGGAAUUACCACUCAAGGUAGUUUCUUCCAGGUCAACUUGGAAUGGAUGACAUCUGCGUUCGACAAAAAAAAUUCUCCUUUUCUGGGGCAGAAUGCUGAAACUGUACACACCAGGAAACAUUUGAUGGGGAGCCAGGUGUCGCAGGCUGAUCCCGAGCCCACGCAGCUAGAUACGCGCAUAAUCCAUAGGGCUUCUAGUGUCCGGGUGAGCCGCAGCACUCAGAGCUGUGCAGUUUGGCAGGUGACCGAAUCCAGUCAGCCAGUUCCACCAACCGAUGUGACCAAAAAUGACAGCUACAGCAGAUCUAACUGGUUAGAGGUCCACAUUGGAAAAAGAGUCCAUGCAAUGUGGGUGGAAUUUGACAGAAGGCUUGUCUCUAUUUAUAAAAAACGCACUGACAAGUUUACAGAAAUUGUCUUUCCUGCAGCCAGUAUAAACCACGUUGCUCCAUCUAACAUCACAAAGUUUUCAGUUAAUAUUGGCACAAAAUGUUUUGAAUUUUCAGCACCUACACGAGCAAUUUGUGAUGGAUGGGUAACCUCGUUAAGGAAUCCUCUUCCAGAGGAGCCUUCAGAUCCAGCUGUAUUAGAAGGAAUUCUUGUUCUAAAGGAGCUCCGAAGCAAGCUGUAUGUAGCAUUGAAAAGAGACAAAUUGUGGCUUUACCAGGACAGAGAGCAUUUCAGGGAAAGUAUUGGGAUUACAACUAUCAACCUUAACGUGGCCCAAGUGAGAAAGACAGUCAAGCAUGGAUUUGACAUCACCACACCAUAUAAAACAUUCAACUUCACGACAAGCUCCAUACAUGAGCUGUCCACUUGGGUUUCAGCACUCUCUCAGGGCAUCAAAGAUUCAAUAUCAUUUGAUGAGGUGGCCAAGCGUAUUUGGGAGAACCCUUCUAACAAACUCUGUGUUGACUGCCAGAGUCCAGACCCUGAGUGGGCUUCAGUUAACUUGAUUGUCGUCAUCUGCAAUAAGUGUUCAGGUAUACAUCGUUCUCUGGGAGUCAGAUUAUCCAAAGUGCGCAGUAUAAUGAUGGAUAGGAAGGUGUGGACAGAGCCAUUGAUUAUGCUCUUUAUGCUUUAUGGAAACAAACUAGCCAAUGAGAUCUGGGGUCAUCACAUACCAGCCAAUGAACAGAUCUUUCCUGAUGCAUCGCCUGAACAGCGUAAAGCCUUCAUCUGGGCUAAAUACCACCAAGGUCGUUAUUGUAAACUACACACUCUUUUCCCAAACGAGGAGCAGCUUUAUAAGAGGCUUUGCACGGUGGCAUGCAGCUCUGAUAUCAUGGAAACCAUGAGUCUUCUGUGCUCUGGGGCACAGCUGAGUCAUACCACGCAAGAUGGUCUGUCACCUGCUGCCUUAGCAAAGAGAGCAGGACAAAUGCUACAGGCUGAGCUAUUGCAGCUGAAUGAGAAUAUAGAUUUCCCCCAUCUUAAGGGCCUUGGUUCCAAGAAUGAUAAUAACAAGAAAAAUGCUUCAUCUUCAGAUAAAGAGUUUAUUGGUAACUUAGAAACAGACAAGCUUAUAUAUGAGAAAGAGGAUUCUGGACCAAUUGACUAUCUAGAGCUAAAGAAUGUCGUCUCAGUAUUUGACACCUCUGAUGGGCAGGUCUGUGAGUAUGUCAUGAUCACCCUGAAGGAGAAGUUGCAAUGUACAGCUGACAAUCAAGAGAUUUUGAGAGGACAUUUAAGCCAUAUUACUAAGGUGCUGUUACCUUUUGAAGUACAGGAUUCUGAACUAGAGGGGAUGAUGGCAGUUUCUAAAGUAUAUGUUAAGGAUGGAGAGCAGCAGGGAAGGAAAGAGGCCUGGGCAGCUUUGCGAGGGACUGAUUUGCUGCUUAGGUACACCAGUGACAAGCCUAGGACAAACAAAUUGAAGAAAAGUCCUGUACUGAUACCAUUACAGCAUUCAGAUUUUGAUUCGUUAGAGAAUACAAUCCAAAUUGUUACUUCAAACAGGACCCUGUCGCUGAUGUUCCCAAACCUCUUAUCUUGUCAGAUGUGGAGAAACCAAAUGGAAAGAGUUCUUUUUACAGGCACUCCUGGGGAGAGUCCUCUUGGAUCAUUAUACCCAUCUGAGGAAUUAGUGUGUGAGAGUUUACCUCCUGCCAUUGAAAGGUGCAUCUCGCAUAUCACAAAACAUGGUUUGAACAUAGAAGGGGUUUACCGACGCUGUGGUCAAGCAACAAAAGUUGGCCAGCUUGUGGAAUGUCUCAACAAAGCACCAGCAAAUGUACAGUUUGAUGAAGGGGAACAAGGAGUUCUAGAUGUAGCAGCAGCCAUGAAGCAAUGUCUGAGGCUUCAAGAGCCACUGUUUGCAGAAUCGACAUUUAUGCUAUGGCAAAGGGCUUCAAGUCUUCAAGAUGAAGUGGAGAGAAUAAAGGCGUAUAAGCAAACACUACAGCAACUUCCAGCUAAGCAGCAGUCAGCUCUGCAUGACAUUUUUGGGCAUUUCUUUCAGGUCCAUUUGUACAGCAGUACAAACCUCAUGACUGCUCAAAACUUGGCUCUGGUUCUGACACCUACAGUGUUCUUCAACAAGGCCAUCAGCAGUGAACUGGUCUGUCUCAUCAGAGAACUUAUUACACAUUACACGUCUGUCUUCCAGGAACUCGGUGGAGAAGGUGAAACAUCAAGGUUCUAACAUUAUAUUAACUGAAAGACUAUCAUAAAAGUGAGAGGAAGAAAAGGGCCAAACACAUCCUGGAACUGAUAAAAGUUUCCUCAUCUUCUCUGUAUGGUUUUUGUGAUCCAUGUUCCUUGUACAAUAGUCUGUAUUUUUUUUUCUGAAUAAAUGAUAUACAUUGACAUGCUGGUUAGGUCAAUUGGCAUUGUUAAGUUGGCCUGUGGGUGUUCACCAUGCAAUCCCUGUCCAAGUACUGCUUCUGCCUUGUACCUGAUGCCUGCUAGGAUAGGCUCCAGCUUUUCCCCUGGAUAAGAAAAUGGAUGGAUGGCUAUAUAUGUACUAUGACAGCAGAGGGUACCUUUGUCGGAUUUCUCAGCAAUUGUAGUAAUACGGAUACAGCACAUUGCAGCACCCACCAGUAUUCAAAAUGUUGUGGUCACACCUUUGAGGGCUAUCUAAGUCACUUGUCCACCUCUCAAGUAGCACGUCAGAAAGCUCUUUCUUCUCACCACCCCCACACCCACCUCCUCUCUUGAGCCAAGCCAGUUCUUCCCCCAACUGAGGAAAAUCUCCUGCAACUCCUUACCCAAUGCCAUAUGUAAUUGUGCCUCUAGCAUGAGUCCACUUUAAGACAUCACAUAGAGUUAUGUUUGACCAAUCCACCAAGUCAAUUCUGGGGUCAGAGAGCAGCCCUCCUUUGUUUCUCCACCCAGAGCAUCUGUGUAACUUUUAAUAGCCUGGAUCCCCAUGGGAGCAUCCAUGGACAUCUCCCAGCUGCCCUUUCACAACCACGUGUUGCCUCUUGGUGACUGGCCUCCUAGCACAGUAUCCUGCCAAUUUCCUCAGUUCAUUUCCUUACUCUGUUACCAUCUUUUAGCCAGAAUGUCUUGUGGGUUCUUGCCAACCGUACCUAAACCCUCUCCCUUUCUUUCUAAUGAGAAGCUCAUGUACUCCAGCAUUUGCUGGUUUGUCUGCCCUCAAACGUUCUAGAGUAAUAUAACCUGUUUACACACAGGUUGACAAUCUCUCUUCUUCUUACAUGGUAUCUAUCACUGCCUGGAAAAACUUUUAACAUACCGGUAUAUAAUUUUUACAAUUAGGAUUUUUUUUUGUGUGUUAUAUAAUUUUCAUGAACUUCCUACCUGGAAAUAAACAGUCACUUUACUAGAAUUUAAUAAAUAGAAUGUUUUAUGGGUAAAGUUGAAGUAAUGGAAUAAUAUCACCUGUGAAGUCAUCAAUGGACUCUAUCCAUAUUACUAACCGAGAAUGGUAAACCGGAUAUGGACGCAGGUACCUGCCCUUGGACGCAGGAGACAUAGUGCGCAGGCGCCACACAAAGCCCCCCUCCCCUGAGUGAAACGGGAGAGAUUACGAACGUGCGCAGGCGCCACACAAAGCCCCCCCGCCCCAGAGCGAAACGGGAGAGACUACGAACCGUCUGACAUGCCGCAAGCAGGAUAAAGCGAGGUCAGAAAUAAAACACAGAGUAGGAAAGUAAAACGUCAUAAAGAGGUUAAAGAACGGGGCCAAACACAAGGAGAGCAGGUUACAGAUGAUGAAAACUGGAAUACAACAGCUUCAAACAAACCUAGGCACGAAAUACAUGCACAGCGAGAUACAGAAUAUAAAAGCAGAAAAAACGACAGUUAAACGUCCACACCACACGGCGGAGGCAGACCCGGAAGGUACAGGCACCUACAUCGCGCGUCGGAAGGCACGGGAAAGUACGAAAGGCAAAGGCGCCUACACAGCAUGGUGAAACCCGACAUAAUACGGAAGGCGCAGGCGUUGCCGCCAUAUUGUGAGUGGCACUACUGCGGAGUGAAGUUAGGAAUAAUGUGCUGCUUGGGAUCGUACAAAACGCUGAACGCGACCCACCGUCUGAAACUGCGGAGGCAAAGCAGGCACGGGUUCAAACUGAACGAGCUCGACUGACGGAUAUACGCCUACAACGCACGUCUCAAACCACAGAAGCAGGGCAAGCACGGAUUCAAAACAAUGCAAGCUCCUACAACGCGCGUCUGAAACUACGGCUGCCCAGUGGGCACGGGUUCAAAACGCCGGGGGUAGGCGAGCGAAGCCCCCCUGUUUUCAUAAAAAUGGUAAAAUUCCAUUCAUAUUACCUUAGCUGCAUGAAACAUUGUAUAUAAUAAAGACCUGUCUUUGUAUUUUUGUUCUUAUUUACUAACACAUUCCACUGUAAAUUAUUUUAGUUAAGUCUAUUGACCUUGAGGCUG